ACCUUUAACCUUGGCGGCGGAGGGAAACGCCUCCGUCUCUAUAUAAGGAGUUUUCCGGCUUUUGGCGGCCCUUUUUCCCCUCUUAGCGCUCGCCGGCCGUAGCCCACGUCCCGCUUCCCUCUGCUGCCGCCCAGCUCCCGGGUCAGCCGACGCCAUGGGCUUUGGAGACCUCAGAAGCCCGUCCGGCCUGCAGGUGCUCAACAACUACCUGGCGGACAAGAGCUACAUCGAGGGGUAUGUGCCGUCCCAAGCAGACGUGGCCGUGUUCGAAGCCGUGUCCGGCCCGCCGCCCGCCGACCUGUGCCAUGCGCUGCGCUGGUACAACCACAUCAAGUCCUACGAGAAGGAGAAGGCCAGCCUGCCCGGAGUGAAGAAAGCUUUGGGCAAGUAUGGCCCUGCUAACGUGGAAGACACCACGGGAAGCGGAGCUGCCGACAGCAAAGACGACGACGACGACAUUGACCUCUUUGGGUCUGACGACGAGGAGGAAAGCGAAGAAGCAAAGAGGCUAAGAGAAGAACGCCUUGCACAGUAUGAAUCAAAGAAAGCCAAAAAACCUGCACUUGUUGCCAAGUCUUCCAUCUUAUUAGAUGUGAAACCUUGGGAUGAUGAGACAGACAUGGCAAAACUAGAAGAAUGUGUCAGGAGCAUUCAAGCAGACGGCUUGGUCUGGGGCUCUUCUAAACUGGUUCCAGUGGGGUAUGGAAUUAAAAAGCUUCAAAUACAGUGUGUAGUGGAAGACGAUAAAGUUGGAACAGACAUGCUGGAGGAGCAGAUCACUGCUUUUGAGGACUAUGUGCAGUCCAUGGACAUGGCUGCUUUCAACAAGAUCUAAAAUCCAUCCUGAAUCUGUGCCCUUAAAUAAAAGCUUGAAAGAGAA